AUGCAAGCUACGGUUGAGUUGGGCCGUAUCGUUCGCACGCGCAUUAACAUUCCACUCAAGGCUCCGUUGCGCGAGGCGAUUGUGGUACAUUUGGACGCCGACGUUCGAAACAAGAUUGAAUCAGCCAAGCAAUAUAUCAUUGAGGAGCUGAAUGUCCGCGUUCUCACUGUUACUGGAGACAAGGCAAAAUACGGUGUGCAGCUGCGCUGUAUACCUAAUCAUCGUGUCCUCGGUAACCGUCUCAAACAAGAUUACAAGACAGUCAUGGAAGCUUUAAAGAAACUGUCAUCAGACGAAUUGGACCAUUUUGUUACGACUGGUUGCAUCAAAGUGUGCAACUACACGUUCAGUAAAGAUGACUUGUCUGUCGUCUACGUUUCGGGGGAGGCUGUUGAUCUAGAUCCGACUGCAUCAACAAAGCUUACCACGGGACAAGAUCGCACUGGGGCGCAAAGCAAACUGCGCCAUCAAACAUCCGCUCCACUGCAACGUUACGAGGCCGCCUCGGGCUCUCAUGGUUUACUGAUUCUUCUCGAUACCACCGCAGAUCCCGAUCUGGAAGAUGAACGAAUUGCCCGUGAGCUGGUAAAUCGCAUUCAGAGAACACGAAAGAAGUGUUGA